GGGGGAAGAAUGAAAGAAGGGAAAGACAAAAGAAUGUUGAACUGCACUGUAUGGUUGUAUGAUGGAAGGAAACGGAACCGAGAACCCCUGCAAUAGGUCACGUGGAUGGCUUCAACAAGAUAGCGAUGCUAAGCCAUGGCUUUGGAAAUUUUCUAAUUGCUUUUCUCGUCCUGAACAGACAUUGCCACUUAGUCCCAAAACGAAAGAUUACAUGGAGAACAAAGUUGUUGUAGAUUUAAAGGAUGUACCAUCUCCUCUUCAUGCUGGCGCUAAACUUUUCCCAGCAGCCCCAAUUCCAGAUAUUCAUCCUCUUCAGCAACCUCAAAUACAACUUCCGCCUGCUCCUAAAGUAAGCUGCUGUGCUCAUUGCGCUAAUGACCCCUCAACUCCUCCGAUGCACUUUGGUGGUGGCGGCGGCGGCACUGGUGGCAGAGGUACUGGGGGCUUGAUUCACGCCGGCUCACUAUUAGACUCACCAGGCACUGGGACAAUCACUUGUCAAGUAGGGUCAGGGUUUGCUUUUCAGUCUGCAUCUUCACUCAAGAAUGCUCCAGCUAGAAAUAAUUUAGCAGGCAUUGCAAGUGACUUCUCCAGCAUGUGUAUAGAAAGUAACUUCUCUUCCUGUAAACACCUGCCCUGUUGUGGAAAACUCCAUUUCCAAUCAUGUCAUGGUAAUGUGCGCAAAUUGCAUCAGUUCCCGGCUCUUCCGAGCUGCACCUCUUCUGGCUAUUUCCCCUGUUCUGAUUUCACAAGUGGGGCUCCCGGGCAUUUGGAAGAGCACAUUUCACAGUCAGAGCUCACAUCUCAUGUGUGCACCAACCCUUUGCAUCUAAAUGUGGCACCAUCGGUUUGUCUAAAGGGCUCUCAUUACUGCGAAGACUGUUUAAGCAAGCCGGCAAGAAAUAGUAUAAUUGAUGCUGCUAAAGUCUGGCCAAAUAUUCCACCUCCAAAUACUCAAACUGCUUCGAUUUCUAUCCCUUUGUGUAAUGGCUGUGGAACCAAAGGAACAGGGAAUGAGACAGCUUUGCUACUUGCAAAUAGUCUUAGCAAAACAGCAUCAAAAUAUGGGUCAUCAGAAGUUGCAAUAGCAGGACAGGUGCUAGAAAACUUACCCCCCAUUGGAGUUUUUUGGGACAUUGAAAACUGCUCUGUUCCUUCUGGCCGGUCAGCUGUGACUGUUGUACAGCGAAUUCGUGAGAAGUUUUUUAAAGGCCACAGAGAAGCAGAAUUCAUCUGUGUCUGUGACAUCAGUAAAGAAAGCAAAGAAGUUAUUCAGGAGCUGAAUAAUUGCCAGGUGACAGUUGCACAUAUCAAUGCUACUGCAAAAAAUGCUGCUGAUGAUAAACUCAGACAGAGUCUCAGAAGAUUUGCAGAUACUCACACUGCACCAGCCACUGUGGUUCUUGUAUCUACUGAUGUCAAUUUUGCAUUGGAACUUAGUGACUUGAGGCAUCGGCAUGGUUUCCAUAUUAUUUUGGUACAUAAAAACCAGGCCUCUGAAGCACUGCUGCAUCAUGCUCAUGAGCUUAUCAGAUUUGAAGAGUUCAUUUCAGACUUGCCCCCAAGAUUACCACUAAAAAUGCCACAGUGCCACACUUUGCUCUAUGUUUAUAACCUACCAACAAACAGAGAUAGCAAAAGUGUUAGCAACCGUCUUAGACGCCUGUCAGACAACUGUGGUGGCAAAGUGCUCAGCCUUUCUGGAAGCAGUGCUAUUCUGCGCUUCUUGAACCAAGAAAGUGCAGAACGUGCCCAGAAGCGAAUGGAAAAUGAAGAUGUUUUUGGCAACAGAAUUAUUGUAUCAUUUACUCCCAAAAAUAAAGAACUUAGUGAGAUAAAGAGUUCAAACACUGUUGCUGAUAAAGCAAAAUCUCCCAAAAAGGUCAACAAGAAUCCAAAGCUAUGCCUAGUCAAAGAUGGAAUUGAACAAUCUCCCAAUGCCAAAGUCAUGCCUGGAAAAGGGUUACAAGCAAAUCUUGGAUCUGCUGCAAAAAAUACUAACAUUAAAAGUUUACAGGAACUAUGCCGAAUUGAAUCUAAUACAAAUAAUAAAAACAGUGAACACCACCAGCAGGAUCAGCUAAGGACGGAUACACCUUCUCCACAAAAUAAUUCUCGUGCUGCAAGUGCUGAAACUCUGUCAGCUAAAACUGCAGGAACAGCAGAAUCUGUUUAUAAAAGCGGUCAGAAGAAAGAGAAUCCUAGUAACCGAAGCAUUACAAGUUCACCUGUAGAGAAAAAAGAUAAAGAGGAGAUUAUGUUCCAAGUCAGUUAUCCAUCUGCUUUUAGCAAGUUGACUACAUCAAGGCAACUCAGUCCUUUGCUUGUGUCUCAGAAUUGGUCUUCUAGGAGUGUAUCUCCAAACCUUUUGAACAGAGCAUCCCCACUUACUUUAAGCAUUACAAAUCCUAGCAGCACAGACUGCCCUGACCCGUUUGCAAAUGGUGCUGAUAUUCAGAUUAGUAAUAUUGACUACAGAUUGUCUCGGAAGGAAUUACAGCAAGUUAUGCAAGAAGCCUUCUCUAGGCAUGGCAAGGUGAAGAGCAUAGAGCUUAGCCCUCAUACAGAUUAUCAGCUAAAAGCUAUUGUUCAGAUGGAAAACUUGCAGGAAGCAAUCAUUGCAGUGAAUAGUCUUCACAGAUAUAAAAUUGGCAGCAAAAGGAUCCAGGUCUCUUUAGCCACAGGAACUGCUAAUAAAUCAUUGUCUUUGCUAAGCUCAGAAACGGUAUCCAUUCUUCAAGAUGCUCCUGCUUGUUGCUUGCCUUUGUAUAAGUUCACAGAUGUCUAUGAAAAAAAGUUUGGACACAAAUUGAGUGUGUCAGAUCUAUACAAAUUAACAGACACGGUAGCAGUCCGUGAUCAAGGAAAUGGGCGGUUGGUGUGUCUGCUACCUAGUAGCCAGGCCCGACAGAGCCCGUUAGGAUCUUCCCAGUCACAUGAUGGUUCAUCAGCUAAUUGUAGUCCAAUUAUAUUUGAAGAACUAGAAUAUCACGAACCUGUCUGCAAGCAGCACUACUCCGAUAAAGAUUUCAGUGAACAUGAAUUUGAUCCAGACUCAUACAAGAUUCCUUAUGUUAUACUCUCUCUGAAGACAUUUGCACCCCAGGUUCAUAGUCUUCUACAAACACAUGAGGGCACUGUGCCAUUACUGAGUUUCCCAGAUUGCUACACUGCAGAAUUCAGUGAUUUAGAAGUGGUGCAGGAAGAUCAAGGUGGAGUUCCCUUGGAACAUCUCAUCACCUGUGUUCCUGGAGUAAACAUUGUUACUGCACAGAAUGGCAUAAAAGUAGUUAAGUGGAUACACAAUAAGCCUCCACCUCCAAACACUGACCCUUGGCUGUUACGUUCCAAAAGUCCUGUGGGGAACCCACAACUUAUCCAGUUCAGUAGAGAAGUAAUUGACUUACUGAAGAACCAGCCAUCUUGUAUUAUACCUGUGGGCAAAUUCAUCCCAUCCUAUCAUCAUCACUUUGCAAAGCAAUGCCGUGUAUCGGACUAUGGAUAUUCCAGGUUAAUGGAAUUACUAGAAGCAGUGCCUCAUGUACUGCAGAUCCUUGGAAUGGGUUCCAAACGAUUGCUUACUCUAACCCACAGAGCCCAAGUAAAGCGUUUUACCCAAGAUUUGUUAAAACUUCUCAAAUCCCAGGCCAGUAAACAGGUCAUUGUGAGAGAAUUUUUGCAGGCUUAUCAUUGGUGUUUCUCUAAAGACUGGGAUGUUACCGAAUAUGGUGUUUGUGAGUUGAUUGAUAUCAUAUCAGAAAUUCCAGAUACAACAAUCUGUUUGACCCAACAAGAUGAUGAAAUGGUGAUCUGCAUCCCCAAAAAAGAGCGUACUCAGGAUGAAAUAGAAAGGACAAAACAAUUCUGCAAAGAGGUUGUCGAUUUGCUGCGUCAUCAACCCCAUUUUCGGAUGCCUUUUAAUAAAUUUAUUCCUUCUUAUCAUCACCACUUUGGCCGUCAGUGCAAACUUGCACACUAUGGAUUUACUAAACUACUUGAACUUUUUGAGGCCAUUCCCGAUGUUUUACAAGUAUUGGAAUGUGGGCAAGAAAAGAUCCUUACGUUGACAGAGGUAGAACGUGUCAAGGCUUUAGCUGCCCAGUUUGUUAAACUUCUUCGGUCUCAGAAAGACAACUGCCUUAUGAUGACUGAUUUACUUACAGAAUAUGGUAAAACUUUUGGUUAUACUCUGCGUCUCCAAGACUAUGAUGUCAGUUCAGUUCCAGCAUUAAUGCAAAAACUCUGCCAUGUUGUAAAGGUUGCUGAUACAGAAUCUGGCAAGCAGAUUCAGCUGAUAAAUAGGAAGUCUCUUCGGUCUCUCACUGCCCAGCUACUGGUGGUGUUAAUGUCCUGGGAAGAAACCUCCUUUCUUUCUGUUGACCAGCUCAAGAGACAUUAUGAAACUACCUAUAGUGCUUUUCUCAACCCUUGUGAAUAUGGAUUCAUGACCCUGUCUGAGCUUUUGAAGAGCCUGCCGUACUUGGUCGAGGUUUUUACUACUGACACGACAGAAGAGUAUGUGAAGCUCACCAGUUUAUAUUUGUUUGCAAAAAAUGUUCGGUCUCUACUUCACACCUACCACUACCAGCAAAUAUUCCUUCAUGAAUUCCCUGUGGCCUAUACCAAAUAUGUAGGAGAAGUGUUGCAGCCCAAGACCUAUGGUUAUAGUAGCCUGGAGGAGCUCUUGGGGUCAAUUCCUCAGGUGGUCUGGAUAAAAGGACAUGGUCACAAGAGAAUUGUUGUUUUAAAAAAUGACAUGAAAACUCGGUUGAGUUCUCCCAGUUUUUCUCCUGCCAAUCAUGCGAGUGAUUAUGAAAACCAGACAGAAGACAACAGUGAGCUUACUCUGGAGACACCUGAAUCUUGUGCCUCCUUAGGACUCACUCUGGAAAUGUGUGCUAAUGGUCCUAAUCAAACUGAGCAGGAGCUCCUCUGCUUAACUAAUACUUCACCUGUAGACCUUUUGUGUGAGCCAGUCCCUUCUUGCUUGCCAUCCCCACAACUGAGACCUGAUCCAGUCAUUCUUGAGUCUACUGAUCUUAUUCAGUUUGAGGAACAUCCCCGAGGUCCUUGUGAAAUUAUGGUUUUAACAGAAGAACAACAAACUAAAAUGACGGAAAGCAAAGAAAAACUGACCUCUGGCCCUGGGAUGCCUGAUGCAUUGGAAAAUGUCUCAGUGCCUCCUUGUUCAUCGUUGGAUAUCUCGGAGUCUCGGCCAAGCAAGGACCCAAUGGAGAGCCCAGCCAAAAAGCAACACAAAAACAAAGUGAAAUUGGCAGCCAACUUUUCUUUUGCACCCAUAACCAAACUUUAACUUUGAUUUGUGACAUGGAAUUAGGAGGGAAAAGCACUGUCUGACUCUGCACACAAAAAAAUAGGUUCAAAGCUAUUUGCACGCCCUUUCAUGUUUUAAUGAAAACCCCUAUGAGCCAUUUAAUUUCUAUUAAGAUGAAUUUGAAAAUGUUUUUGUUCCUUUUACCUUGAACACAGCUUUUGGCUGAAGAGUUUUUUUAAUUAUUUGAAAAAACUUCCCAGCACUUAGUCAAGAAUCCUUUAGGUAUUUUACCAAAUUUUCUUAAUUAUAAUGAAAUAAAAUGGUGUUCGGUAAAAAGAAAGAGGUAAGAAUUCAAGUAGAAAGAUUUGGGUUUUAUUUCCAUUGAACUUCAUCAGUGGUGUAAUCUUACAUGUAGCAUAUGAUAUUUGUUAGACCACUGCUUACUGAUGAUGUUUUCAGACAGUAUUAAUAAAAUGCAUGAUCCGUCUUUCGAAAAGCCUGUUAAGUAGACAAGUGUUUAUGCCCUAGAAUGGAACGGGUAAACAAGGAGUUUUGAAUGUAUUUGUAGGUAGGGGUAUGAAUGGUAAUUGUUUCUGUGUGACUUGUAAGCCCACCUCGUUUUUCAUUUUACUAUGUCUGGAGAUGACAGAUGUGGCUUGUGACAAAAUUUAUUUUAAAUGUUUUUUGUCACUUUCAGUUCCAUUUCGGAGCUUUCUAGGAAGUUGAGAAUGUUUUAAGCUUCCCUUUUAUGUUAUGUUCCAGUUUGACAUGGAUUAGGUUAAGGAAAAGGAGAUGGUCUUGGUGUCUUGAGUUUAAAGUCAAUGUUUGGGUUACAACACACACAUUUUGUGUGUCUAGAGGUGGUAUUGGUGAGAAAGAAUCUGAUUUUUCUAAACUAUGCAUUAAAUGCAUAAAUUAUGAAUCAGAGCAGGUUAUGAGAAGUGCUUUAACCUGAGAGGUAUCAAUACUAUUUCCACUGGAAAGAGACACAGUGAUUCUAUCUAUGCAGGGAAAGGCCAAGGUUGAUCUGCUUAACCUUGUUUUUGUACUUUUAAAGUAAGUUUUGGUAACUGGGAAGCUUUGUGUGUAUGUUGGCAUAUUGUCUUUUAACUGUUUUUAUUCUGAUGGUUACUUCUAGUGUUGAUAGCGUGUUCAGUUGUUUGUGGUGUUUGAUCUUGGCAUUUGGAAAAGCCAGCCUUUGAAGUAGCACUGCACUAGUGGAAUGGCCUUACUUUAGAGUUGGCUGAAAUGUCCAUUGGCAGAUGGCCUCUUACCCCUUCUGGGUAAACCCAGCAUUUACAAUGGAUUGUAUUUGUUGGGCAAAGAGACAGAUGGAAGUGCUCAUAAAACAGAAAGAACCUGUCACACGAUGUCUUCUACUAGUUAAGUGAUUUCUUUUUUGAAGUUAAUAUUUUUGUAAUGUACUAGAAAGCAAGAAAAUGGGCUCAGAUUUCAUCGCCAGCAUUUGGGAAAAUGCCACAGAAUAGCUACUACAGAGAUAAUUUUACAAGUUAGGUUUUGUCUAAAAAAAAAAAAAAAAGAAACCAGAGAUUCUUAGUAUUUGGUAUAUGGCCAUGAUUCAGAUAGAGAGUCACUGGAAAUUUUUCUGAGUAUAGUUGGCACAUGUGACUCCUUCUGUAGGCAUAUUUCCUCCACAGACAUAGUACAAUGAGAAAAAAAUGCAAACAACUUUUUUUUAAGAUGCUUUUAAACAUUUCAUCAGUUUAUUGAUCAAAAACAUCAGUUAAUUACACGAAGAUUUCAUAAGGCAGAGUCUGCACACUGGGACUUUUGUUUUAAAAAAUAUGCAAAAUAUUGCGGACUUAAAAAAGAAUAUAAAAGGUGUAAUUACAAGUCACUGGAAACAGUCCAAAAGAAAAGGUUCUUGAGGCAAUCAUAAGGGAAGAAGAAUCUGCAAUCCUGCAAUAUCUUAUGAAUGUGGCAGUUGUACUAUUUAUGAAGGUCAGCCAGGUGGGCCUAGGUCCAUGUGUAAUUCUAAUAAAUUGCUGUUUGAAAGUAAGAAAAUUCAUUAGGUGGGAAGUUGUGUUCAUGAUGUAUUAUAAAAUGGCCAAUCCAAUUGCAAUAUAUUUUUUUAAUCCAAAGGCUUAAUUAAAUGAUGUGACUAAAUGAUCUAUAAGAAUUAGGACAAUUAAAUUAUUUCUGGUUGGAAAGAUUUACCAAUUUAGAUUUGUCUGUUUAAAAAAAAAGUCACCAAAACACCCUCUCCCAUCCUGCACUGUUUGUUUUGGAUUGGGUAGAGGGAAGAAAUGUUUUCUUAACUGUCUACUUUGUUUGAACACUUUUUGUGGUUCAAAGUGCUGUUUUGUGUGUUGGGACCAAACAGUUGUCAAUAAAAUUUACAAGCAAGCAUAACA